AUGUCUACCUCAAACAACUUUCAAAAUCCAUUUUCUGAAACUGUCACCCCUACCUCUGACCUCUCUUCCUCAUCCUUUCCUACUGCGUCUACCCAUAAUGUUCCCAAUCUCAUGCCAAUCAAGCUUCACCGAGACAAUUACAUGCUUUGGAAAGAACUUUUCAUUCCUGUAUUGCAAAACUAUGAUAUGCUUAGCAUUCUUGAUGGCUCAGCUCCUGCUCCCCCACGCUUUCUUCCUCUCCCUAACCUCUCUCUCUCCACCACAGAAAAUCCUGCCUUUACCCUUUGGACAAAAAAGGACCGUACCUGCAAAAUUUGGCUUCAUGCUUCUUUGUCUGGAAGCAUUCUGCCCUAUGCUGUUGGUUGCCCCACUGCUAGAGACCUAUGGCUCACUCUAGAAAAAAGGUUUGCCAACCUCACACGCUCUCAUGUCCUCCAACUUAAAUCACGCCUUCAGACUCUUAAGAAAGGCUCUGCCUCCAUGCUUGACUAUCUCCAAUCCCUCAAACACAUUGCUGAUAGUCUUGCUGCUGCUGGUGCUCCUUUGGACACCUCUGACUUUCUUGCUCAUGCUCUCUCUGGUUUGCCCUCUGAUUACGAUGCCUUUGCCACCUCUAUCCGAGUUCGCUCUGACCCCAUUCAACCAGAAGAACUUCAUGGUCUCCUCCUCAGUGAGGAAAUUGCUGUUGAAAAUCGCCUGACUCACAUCCCUCCCUCUGAUUCCCACCUCCAUGCCUUUCAUGCCUCUCAAUCCUCUGCCUCUUCCGCUCCCUCUCCUCAUGCUCUCAACACAUCUUCUCAGUCCUCUCGCUCUUUCCCUCGUUCCCACUCUUCUUUCUCUUCCUCUCGGCCAAACAACUUCACCCCUUGA